AUGAUACAAGUUAUCCCUGUCAAUGACAAUCCACCUGUUUUCAUUCGCCCAGUUGUUGCUCUCCAAGUUAAAUUCAAUUCUACCACCCUAGUACCAUUUAAUUGGCUGGCAAUAGAAGAUCCUGAUUUACUUCUGGAUAACUCGAAUGAUAGUAGAUUAUUAGCAGAUGCCCACAAAUCUAAAGAAUCAAAUAAAGGCAACGCUACCUUCACGACAUUGUCAGAAUAUGCUGCUAAGCGACUAGCGAUUUCAUGGCAGGACUGGACUCCGAUUAUGAAAAAUAGUUUUGGCGCAUCAGAAGGGUUCUGCUGUGGCGAAUUUUGGGGUAAAGUCUCUGAAAGUUCAGGUUAUCCCUUUGAAGAUGCCGACCUGGCUGGCCUCAUCAUCGGCCAUUUUGUUUCAAUGAAAACUGGCCGCAAAUUGACUAUUUUUACGCUUGCCGAUGUGGCUGCUGGCCGUAUUGGAUUUCACCACGAAGCCAGAGUAGAAACAAACCUAAGCAGAUAUUAUGACGCACCAGCCAAAAUUUCGCAUUCAGACCGUCGUUUUUGGACACCCCAUGGCUGCCUCCGCUUGACAAUUUCAGACGGUGUUUUCAGCGUGAGUCGAAUGGUUAUCGUGAACGUGACAAAACCAAUGUUUGUGGUGUUGCCUCAACGAGUUCCAAUAGAUGCCAGAUCAGGAAAAGGCGCUCUUGUGACAUUUGAGGUCAUUACAAACAUGAAUGUGGAUCCAACCCGGUUUAAAAUUGAACUUAUUCAUCCACCUUUAUAUGGUAUAUUGUAUCUUGCUAGCAAUGAUGAAUUUACUCAAGAACCAUGGGCGGUGAAACGUCUUGGAUCUGAAAACUCCCAUGUAAGUCUUGAUGAUGCGUCAGUGGAUCUUGAGCUAAACACAAAAUGUGGACCUUCAAUUACGAGCUUGAACUUUGGAGAGGUGUUAAAUCGACGGUUGAGAUACUGUCAGACGCUAUCAAGUAAUGAAUUGAUUGCACUUCGAUAUCCAGAAUUUCUAAAGGCAAGUUUAGCAAAUAGCAAAUAUUAG